AUGGCGGUGAUGGACGUCCUGGUCAUCAUCACCGCCGUGAUCUUAAGCCGGCUUCGGGCUAUUUAUUUCCCGAACACAGUCCUGUCUACCAUUCCGACCUGCAAGGUCCUUAUUGUCCUCAGCUGGAUUUCAAAAGACGCUUCCGUCUGGUUGACGGUCGCUUUCACGUUCGAUCGGUUCAUCGCCAUUUGCUGUCAGAAACUGAAACUAAUAUAUUGCACCCAGAAAAUCGCGGCGGGUGUUAUUGCAACGGUCUGCGCGUUAGGCUGUUUGAAGAACGUCCCAUUUUAUUUUAUAUAUGGCCCAGUCUACAUAAUUGAUAAUGUACCCUGGUUCUGCACCAUAAAAGAUUCGUACUACACUUCAAUUGCAUGGAUAGUGUACGAUUGUCUACACCGCGUUUUGAACCCAUGUCUCCCGUUCCUACUAAUUCUGUUGCUCAAUGUUGUGACGGUCAGACACAUUCUAGCUGUCAGUGCAGCCCGCAAGAGGCUCCGGGCCCAGACCAACGGUGGAAAACAAAGUGACCCGGAAAUGGAGAGUCGGCGGAAGUCGAUCAUUCUACUCAUGGCGAUCUCGGGCAGUUUUAUGCUGUUGCGAUUGACAUACGUCGCAAACUUCCUCUUUGUGCAAAUUACAAGCAGCGGUUAUGCAACCCGUUCCAAUUCCAACGACCCCAGGUUUAUUCUCCAAGAAGGUGGAUACAUGCUGGAGAUACUAAGUUCUUGCACCAACUCGUGCAUUUACGGGGGGACUCAGACUAAGUUUAGAGAGCAGCUGCAGGAAGUGGUUAAGUAUCCUUUCUAUCUAAUUCGCAAGCGGUUAAAAUAG